AUGAACAACAUGCACGACGCCAGCGUACACAACAAGCGCACCUCGAUCAACGAGCUCCUCAACCCCGUCGGCGCGACCUCCUCCUCCUCUGCGUACGGCCACCAGCAGCUCCCCAGCAUCUCCACUGCCCUCCAGUAUGUGCCGCCACCGCAUCCCCACCACCACGCCCAGGCCCCGCCGCAGUACCCUCCGCUCCCACAGCAGUCCCAGGUCAAUGCCGGCACCCAGUACAGUCUCCGCGCCGCGAGCUGGGACUCCUCAAAAGACGAGCAGGGUCCAAGGCGUAUGGAGCCAGAGGCGGCCGCGCCCUGCCGCUAUCCGCCCGCCCCCCAGCAGCAACACCCCGCCUAUGUCGAUAACUACGCGCGACACGCUCGCCCAGGCGGAGAGGCGCCUCCUUACAGCAUGGAAGUCCCAACAUGGACAUCUUCUCACGAAACGCCCAGUGCAUCCUACGCACCCCCGAUGAUGUCGCCUGUCUAUUCUGACGAGCGGACAGCGGCUUCUGGAGAAGCCCUGCAGAGAAACUAUGCUCCUCAGGCGCACCCACAACAUCCUCAUUACGAGCACGACAUUUCCCGUCUGCCGCCACCGCCGCCACAGCAUCCGUCAUACGUCCCGAAUUACAUGCCCUAUCCAUAUGCACACCCACACGCACCCCCGCGUGGUGCACCAUCGCAUCCUAUGCACCCACCACCAGCCCACCGUGCCGGUCCCCCCGCGCACCCAGGCUACUACCCCGCCCCCAUGAACAUGGCGUAUGCUGCCAUUCCCAUCCCUCCUCCGCCGACGCUUCAACAGAAGCGCACGUCGGAAUCUGUCGAAGAAGACCAAGGGGGCCCUAAAGCCAAAAAGGCAAGAGGGUCCAAGGCCAAGGCAGCCGACUCAACAGCACCCUCUCGACGGGGUACCAAGAAACGGGGUGAUUCUUCCCAGAUGUCUACCCAGAAUGCACAACUAAUCUUAAGUACCCACGUGCCCUCCACCAAAGGCAAGGAGAAGGCUUCGAGCUCAAGCGCUCCGGCGUACACCGCCAUGAGGGUCGUCACCGAAGACGGUUCGAGCAACCCAGAGGCGUCAGGCCCCCUGCAGCCCGAACUCCAGUUUGCGCGGUGUAUGUCCAACCGUUAUCGUUCGGAAGAGUUCCCCCGAUGUGUGUCGUGCACUCGUCGGUGGGCUGGGGAUACUUGCAGGUUCCAGGGUAUCCGAUUCUUCCUCAAGAACCAGAAUCGUGAUAUCGUCGGCAUUAGCUUUGUGGAGAGCCAGAAGCCGGACGCGCCGACCAUGAACUUCCCGAACAAGUGGAAUAUUGACCUUCAGAUGGAACAUAUCCGUCGCGUCAAGCGCACGGUAGCGGAGGCACUGCUACCAAUUCUGAAGCUGGAACAGUCGCACCUGGGGCUGCCGGAGAUCAUUCGCCGGCCGCGUGAGAGCGAGGUACGCGCGACUUGUGAUACUUGCAUGACGUCCAUCUUCUCGAGUAGCUGGAUGUGUCGCUUGUGUGGUCGUGAGGCUUGCGCCGAGUGCUUCGAACAGGUGAAAGAGCUCACUACCGACAGGAUCGGUGCGCCCGAGGCCGAGAUUGCGGCCCUUCAGGCUCGACGCGAGCGGCACGCACACAUUAACCCGUUCUUCCUGUCCUGCACACGACGGAACGAGCACCAGGCGAAAGACUUCUCGCCCAUGUCUCGCUUCUGCAAGACUGAGCUUAAUGAGGCCAUUGACCAGAUGGAGGCGCUGCUCAAGUCGCCGAACCUCGACCUGCUCCCUCCAGACAAGGAGUCUCGCGACCCGGGCUUGCAUUCCUCUCCCAAGCUGUCUAGAGACGUUCUGCCCCUUGGCGUGGGUUCGAGCGCCACCGCACUUGACGUCGUGAAGUCGCCGGCGACACCUCCGGAGCCUUCUUCCUUCGCGAGCGCCUCGGCAUCCUCGGCAGCCUCAACCGAUCCGCCACUCCCUGGCCACGACACAGCAGCGUUUGCGGACGCUGACCUCACCGAGGAGAAGUUCCGGCGAGUCUGGGAGAAGGGCUUGCCCGUCGUUGUCACCGGGCUCUCGCACAAAUUCCACAUCCAAUGGACGCCCGAGUACUUCAGCACGAAGUACGGCACGCAGAGCUGUUUGAUCCUGGAAUGCCAGACCGAGCAGAACAAGCGGGUCACGGUCGGCGACUUCUUCGCGCUGUUUGGCAAGUAUGAGGGCCGCCGCGACUGCUGGAAGCUCAAGGACUGGCCGCCCUCGACAGACUUCAAGACGGCGUUCCCUGAGCUGUACGACGACUUCAGCCGCGCGACGCCGGUUCCCAACUAUGUCCGCCGCGACGGUGUGUUGAACAUUGCGUCGCACUUCCCAAGCAACACGAUCGCCCCUGACCUCGGCCCUAAGAUGUACAACGCCAUGGCGUCGUUUGAGUCGCAAGGCAGCAAGGGUUCGACGCGGUUGCAUAUGGACAUGGCUGACGCGAUCAACAUCAUGACCUACGCCUCCCUCACGCCCUCCGGUAGACCCGGGUGCGCGGCUUGGGACAUCUUCAGGGCAGAGGACACGAGCAAGCUGCGGAAGUUCCUCAAGAAGAAGUUCAAGGGCCAGUACCAGCACGACCCUAUCCACUCGCAGCAGUUCUACCUCGACUCGAGCCUCCGGCAGGAGCUGUACAAGGACCAUGGUGUGAUGAGCCACCGCGUCUACCAGCGUCCAGGUGACGCGGUGUUCAUUCCCGCCGGAUGUGCGCACCAGGUGUGCAACCUCGCGGACUGCAUCAAGGUCGCGUGCGACUUUGUUAGCCCUGAGAACAUCGACCGGUGCGAGAACCUCACAAGCGAGUUCCGCGAGCAGAACCAGUCGAUGGCGUGGAAGGAGGACGUGCUGCAGCUGCGCACGAUGAUGUGGUUCUCGUGGCUGUCGUGCGUCCGCCAAGAGAAGGAGAUGCUCGAAGGGUAG